AUGGCGAGCCGGACGUUUGACAGAUUAAUAUUUCUUGGAAUUUUGUUGUGCUCGCUGGUCGAAAGGACAGGCGCGGGAAGGUUGCUGAACAAGCUACUUGGAGGAAGCUCGGACGUCGAGGAAGAUGCCAAACUGAGUCCGGCCGGUCUGAUGCACAAGAAUGGCUACCCGGUCCAAGUGCACCACGUGAUCACCGAAGACGACUACAUCCUCGAAGUGGACAGGAUGCCAUACGGUGUAGAAGGCGACACGCCUAACCUGAGGCCUCCCGUCCUGCUAGUUCAUGGGAUAAUCUCCUCGGCUGCCGACUUCGUCAUCAACAAGCCCCACCAGAGCGCAGGUUUCCUUCUAGCGGACAGAGGAUUCGACGUCUGGCUUGUCAACUGCAGGGGAACGCCGUACUCCAACUACCACAAGACGCUCACCACGAAGGACCCCGAAUUUUGGGAAUGGAGCUUCGACGAGAUCGGUCGCUACGACUUGGCAGCGACCAUCGACUACGUCACGCAGGUCACAGGAUUCAUGAACAUCACCCUGGUUGCGUGGUCUCAGGGUUUCACAGAAAGUUUGGUGCUCCUCUCAACGCGACCCGAAUAUAACGCCAAGGUAAAUCUCGUGGCAGCCUACGCACCGGUGGGAAACAUCUCCCACAUCGAAACGCCGCUCACUCUUCUUGGACCGGUCGCUGAGAUCAUUGCUUCGGUGUUCCACCACUUCACCAAGGGAGCCCUCCUGACGUCCAGUGAAACAACCCAGUUUUUGAUCACCCAGUUCUGCAACAAUGUUUUCCGUGGAGCUUGUUUCCUACCAGUUAACGUUGCUGUGGGGGCGAGCCGUGAGCAGUUGAACAAGACGCGAAUACCCGUGUACCUUGCCCACAUGCCAGCCGGAACGUCAAUACGCAACAUAAUCCAUUAUACACAGAUGUACAGAGCGCAAAAUUUUAUUAUGUACAACUACGGUUUUGCAGAAAACUUGAUACGAUACAAUCAGCCGGAACCCUACGAGUACCCUCUGGAACACGUCUUCUCACCCAUCGCGCUUUUCACCGGCGCCUCGGACAGUUUCGCCGAUCCCAGCGACGUGCAAAGUCUGAGGAGUCGGAUCCGUGACAACAUCGUCUUCGACUACGAGGUACCGCAGGACACGUUCAUGCACCUGGACUUUGUCGUUGGCUACGACGCCACACUGAUGCUACACGAGCCCAUGAUUUCGCUCGUCCAAGGCUGGAACGAGCCUCUGCCACAUUGGCCCUAUUACUACAAACGGCGGUGACGAUGUCUGCACCCUGCGUGAAAAGAU